UUUUGACCGUCCGACGCCCGUUCUGCUCAAGUGUCCAGUCUCGGGUCAUCAAGGAUUUUAUUUCAGAUCAAACCAGCUUUCCAGAACUCCUUUCCCUCUUAAGAUGUUGGAAGCUCGUGUCAAGCAGGCUUCGGUCCUCAAGAAGCUGCUCGAUGCCAUCAAGGAGCUAGUCACCGAUGGUAACCUCGACUGCACCGAUGAGGGUAUCGCCCUGCAAGCCAUGGACAACUCUCACGUCGCUCUCGUAUCUCUCAAGCUCGUUGCUGAGCAAUUCGAGUCAUAUCGAUGUGACAGGAAUAUGCCGCUGGGAGUCAACCUCACAUCACUUACCAAGAUCCUCAAGUGUGCAAAGGACAACGAUGUGGUCACUCUCAAGGCUGCAGACGAUGCCGAUGCACUGGGAAUGGUCUUUGAGUCUCCUAAGGAAGAUCGAGUUGGAGAAUACGAAAUGAAACUCAUGGACAUUGAUCAAGAACAUUUGGGAAUCCCCGAUACACAAUACGAUGCGACGAUCACCAUGUCUUCAGCUGAAUUCCAACGUAUCUGUCGUGAUCUAGCUGCGUUGGGAGAAAGUGUCAAGAUUGAAGCUUCGAAAGAAGGUGUGAGAUUUAGUUCGGAAGGAGAAGUGGGCAAUGGAAGUGUCUUGUUGAAACAGAGUGCGGGAACAGACAGGGCAAGUGGAUCAAAGAGAGUCAAACAGGAUCCCGAUGACGACGAUGAGGAGGAAGAGGAGAAACCCGAUGUCGAUGAAGAGGGAGAGGACGAGCAGGAUGACGAAGAUCGACCAAAGAAACGCAAGUCCGCAAACGGAACAUCAAAAGCAGCACCCUCAGACGAUGAACCUGGCGUCACGAUCAUCUUGGAGAAACAAGUGGCCCUGACAUUCUCACUCAAAUACCUGUCAAACUUUGCGAAAUCCGCUCCGUUAGCCAAGGCAGUGUCUCUCAAUAUGAGCAAUGAUGUUCCGCUCCUGGUCCAAUUCGAUUUCGAACAAGGGACACUGCAAUUCUUCCUUGCACCAAAGGUGAGAGAUCACGGCGCAGGACGCUCCCCGCCAUUACCGCUGACCCAUCUGUCAGAUCUCCGAUGAGUAGAGAGAACCAAAACGUUCAAAGCCAGUCGAGUCUGGCCGCCGCGUUUUCCCCAUCGAUUUGUCUUGAUUGGUCCCUUUCUCAGAACGACAGUUCACGGCUGUGCGUCUGGUGCAUAUCGUCAAUGUAUGAUCAUUGCUCUGCACAGCUC